GUUACUUUUGGUUUCCCAAAGUGAAAGGAACAUCUGUGUAUUUUGUGCACCGGUGUGAAAUUUAAUUGGGUUCUGAAGUUGUGUACUUAUUACAUGUACCUUCGAUUUUGUUAUCGUGAAACAUAUGAAAAGAUAUAAGCUACUGUGUAUAUACAAAUUUAAAGGGAAAGAUAUAGAGAAGACAUAUAUAUUAUAGCUACAAACCUCUUGCGGGGUUAGCCCGCUCUGUGAUUUCUGUAAGCCCAAAGGAUAUGUGGCGAAUUCAUUUAUGCUUAGCCUUUAAACAGUGCCUGUUUGUUUAUUAAUCGUGAAAUAGAAUUUUGUGAGAAUUAUGAGUAUACAUAGUAAGUCCGGAAUGAAAUGCAGUAUACAAUAUGGGAAUAAGAAGACUGACAAUAUCGGGGAAGCUCCAGUUGAAAAACGUAAGAAGUCUGACACAGAAGUUGAUCCACUUAAAACUACUUCAGAAUCACGUUUUUCUGGACAUAGUACUCCAAUUAGUAAAAAGGGUUAUGCAUUUGAUAUAGAGGAUUCCCCUGAACUUGACUAUCAUUGCAGCCCAAUUUCACUGCCUUGUACACAAGAUGGAAAUGAAGUUGCAUGGGACUGGCAAGUGCCUACAACGAAAAGUUCUAAGCCACAGACUAAUCUAAUAGAAACUCCUAAGAGAACAAAACAAUUGCAAAAGAAACGAAACUCCAAUUCUCCUCUACUGCAAAAACCACUUAAAAGGAAACAGAUGAGAAUGCAGAACAUAGAAAGCAUUGGGAAAUUUACUGCCGAACUGAAAGCUCUAACAGAGAAGAUGAAAAGCUUGCAAGAAAAUAAUGAUGUACAAGCUGAACAACAAAGUAAAUUGUUAAUAGAAUUAGACAGUGAAAAUAAUGAAGACGUGUUGGAAGUGUUAGAAGUAGAUAUGAACAAUGAUAAACAUAUGGUAAAAACUAUGACUGUUAAUAAUAAUGAUAAAAAGAAUAUUAAUAUUGAGGACCUAUUUGAUGACUCUAUUGAAGAUGGUACAAUGGAAAAGUGUAGUCAAGAAGUUGAAGAAAAAUUCAAGAUAAAUAAGAGUAAAGGAAAUGCUAUGGAGUUAUCUAUUGUGAAUGAAGAGGAAGAGGUGGAAAUGUCUUCCUUAGAAAAAGGAAUACAAUACUCAACAACAUCUAGUAACUCAGUUGUGAGUUUUAAAAAUUCUAGAAUGUCUAAAAGUUCCUCAUCAGUUAACAUGAAUGCCCCCUUGAAAACAUACUCCAACAAUUCAAGUAAAACAAGUUCAAAUAGUUCAAUUUCCAGUUCCAAAGAUACUAGUAGACAAAAAUCUCUUUUAAACAAUAAUGUUAUAAAUGCUCCAAAUGCGGAACGUAUGUUACAAACAAAAGAUUUUUCCGUUUUUCCGGAUGAUUCGUUUGACGAUUGUUUAGCUACUUGUAUAGAGGAUGAUAAAUUAUUGUCUAAAUCAACAGAAUAUGAUUUCAGUGGUUCAAAUACGGAUUGUAAUUUAAAUUGUUCUAAGAAAACUUCUAGACAAACUACUUCUAAUAUAAUACAAAAUAUGAAACCUCCAAACAAUUGUGUUCCAAAACGUUUAAACACUGGUUCAGUGCCUAAUAAGUCUAAUAACUAUGAAAAUUCUAAACUUAUUAUUGACGAUUUUGCAGAGAUUACAGCUGCAAAUCGUAGAGAAACAAUACAAAAAUCAUUAACUGGAAACACUGCUUUGGAAAAUAGAAAAUUUUUUAAAACAAAAAGUUUGUCUGAUCAAUAUUUGUAUCAAGGCAGAAAUUCUAAUGUAAUUAAUAAAACUAAUAAACCAGCUGUACCCUCUGAUAAACGUUCUCAAUCUAAUACACACGGUUCAUCAGUAAGUACUAGUUUUCCCAUUACAAAAAAUCGACAAUUGUAUGACAGUAAUAAUCUCCCAUCAAAUAGUGGAGGAAGAAGUGUCUGUACAUUGAACGGACUGGGAGAAAAAAACGCUGGAAAUAGCAUUGUUAAAUACAAAUCUACUAGUAAUUUAAGCAGCAUAAGAGAAACUUCUAAAGCAACUCAGUCUGUACAGUGCACUCCUGAAGAGAUAGAAAGAAAGCGUCUAGAAGCAAAGAUGAGAUUAGAGGCGAAAAGGAAAUUACUACAAGGUUCAUUAUCAUGUACUACUUCGUCAGAGGCUCCAGUGAAGAAAUGUGUAAAAAGGUGAUGGUCUUGUAUGAAAUUAAUCUGUAAGAUCAGUUUCCAUAAAAGCAGCGUUUUUAUCUACAACUAUCAGUGUGCCUUUCCAGUAUUUCUGUCAUUGAAGCCGUCUAUUAUAUUGAAAUAAAUGGUUAAAGUUGUGAGAUAUUUCGUAAACAAUAUAUUUGUAUUUUAAAUAUUGUUAGAAAUCAUGUUAACACUUUUUAAAUGUUCUUGUAUUUAUAGUUUUUUGUUCCAUAACUGUUAGGAAAGCUACAUUUGUUUUGCAGAAUUGAUCGAUGAAUUAUAAGAAUCAUAUAAUAAUAAAUAUAUUUAUUUGAUUGUAA